AUGUUCUCCCCCGCCGAAGAUUUCCAAGGUCAACCCACUGAUAACGCGCUGGAGAAAAGCGAGAGUCAGAAAGUGUCGAUCGUAAAGCACUGCCUACGAAGUAGUCUUCAAAGAGAGGAGAACGUAGCCAAAAUGACAGCGAGAGGUGAGCGAAAUGGUUCUAGCUCUGGCUCCCAAAUGCCAACAACUUUCUCGGGAUCGAAAAAGCCCAACGCUAGAUCAAAUACUUUUUAG